GUAAAUAUACUCAAAUCGGUUAUUUGUAUUGUAGCUGUAAUAUUAUAUGAUAGCAGUAAACUACAUCAAGAAUCAGCAAGAAUCCAAACAGUCCUAGUCUUUCUAGCUGAAUUAUUGAGAGAAACAUAUUAUUAAAGAACCAACAUGAUGUAAUAUAGAUGCAAUUGACUAUGCAGACAACCAUACAUGCGAUUACUUCGAAUAGACAUUCAGAUGUUCUUUAUUAUGGUCGAGGAAGACCUUCGAAAGAAGACCUAUAUUUACCUUUCAUUUAACUUGCAAAUUUAUACAAUUUCUACCCUGAAUGCUGUUUUACCUUCCACGGCAAACAGAAUAAUAAUUAAGCGUUCUAUUCUUAACACCAGGCAUAACGAUAAAACAUCGAUACUUUCCAAUAGAGAGUCUUCCUGAAAGGAAAUCAAGUGUAAUAAGAGGUCUGUUCAUCGAGGCAUGUUCCGUAUCUCCGUACACAAAGUGAUCCAUACACGUUGCGCUUGGAAAAACGUAAUUUCCCUGUGGAUCUUCGACCGGUGGCGUACAAUUUGCCUCUCGCUGCCAACCGGAAUAUGAUAGCCAUUAACGUUUCAUGAUAGCGAGCAAAUGGUCACUCGAAAAUGGGGUUGAAACGACGACGCAACAAAGCAGAGCACCGAUGAAGUGAUUAAUUCGAUCGCGAGUGAGGGUGUAGAAGAAAAUGAUGACUGCCAUGGCCAGAUUACCUUGCAAGCAGACUUCGCCUUCGCAACAGCCGCGAGUCAAUAAUUUUGGGAACAGUCGAAACUCCUACUGGAACAUGCAGACCAGGCAUCCAGCACCUCCAUAUGUUAGGAAUCAUCAACGACACACUGAUCAUACCGGGAAGCGGAAGAGCGCGGUGGAACUGCUCCAGGAGACGAAGGCGUUCUACGUGAAGAGCGAAACUGUGCUGGACCGGAAGCAGGAGCUGAAGAACAGUGGUCAUCUUCAGGUCUCGCAGCUGAGCGCGCCGAGCGCACCUCCCAGGCUGCUGAGGAAAUGCGGGAACACGUCGACCUGUUCGAUGCAACCGACGUCGCCGUCGCAGCUGCCACCUGCUCCGAUGACGCCACCUUGUUGCUGGGCAUCGUGCCACGAACAGGACAGGCCGGACGGAAUUCUGAGUCCUCAACAAACACUGCCACCCGCACUGCCACCGAAGAGUCCACGUCUGGUUCCUGUUCCGCAGCGGCGCACGAUUUCAGGGCCGCCGAGCAGCACCGGUGGAGAUCAGCUGCAAACGAAAUUACGUCGGUUGUUAAAUACCGAUAGCAAGGAGAACGUAUUCUUUCCUGACAGUCCAACGCAGACGAUCAUCCAGGCGAAUGGUAUCCCACAGGAGGAGAAAUUCCGAUAUUCUCCUGGCAGUCUGUCACCUAAUCUUCGCGAGGAAGACCGCAUAAAGCUCGGUGUAAUACAUAUAGUUCGUGUUCGAGCAAAGAUCGACCACUGCUCGCAAGACGUUCGUUUCAAGUUUGGCCGCAGCAAUUCACAUUCGCAUACAUCCGGAAGAACCGGGAGGAAGUCCACCAGCUCGCAGUCGGUGGAAAACACCGUGUGUCACAAAUCUUUGCCUGACCUCCAUACUAGCACGCGACGACGGGCGUCCCUGUCGCCACGUGCAUCGACCAAAUCAUCUAAGCCAUCCGGCCAUCAUCAAUCUUCAAGCAAUUGCCCAGAUUGUGAAACUAGUUCGGAUUAUUCAGAGCACAGUUUCAAACGAGAUGCAGUCUGUUAUCGCAGUUAUUACUAUUCCAGUUCUAGACACAUCAGACGUUCGUUAGGUUCAGGUGGUGGUGAUGCGAGUAGCGUGUUAUCUGCCGGUGGUCGAACGCAAAAGUCAUCAGGUUCCAGCAAGCUAAGUCAUGGAGCGACUGCAAGAGACUCCGGAGGAUCGUCUGGACACUGUACACCUCGUAGCGAACCUCCGCCAGUAAUACAGGAUUGCUGGAGUCAUAUACGUCGUGACAGCGGUGCAUCUACUCAACACUCGACGGAAAAAGAUCGUUCAAGAAGAGGUAGUUACGCUAACGGUACCCCAUCAUCUGUCGUAAGACGCUACAGUCCUGAUUCUGAGAGCAGCAACAGUCAAACGGAUUAUAGUCCGACAUGCAAUUCAAGGUUUUCCGACGGCUGGAAAGAAGGUCGUGGCCGACCAAUUCUGAGAUCGAAAUCGGACAUUAGCGAUCGCUAUUGGCGUCAGGAUAAUGGACGAUCCAAUAAAGUACCUGCACGGCCUCCUCGGUCGAUCACCCAACUCGAGAACUUCUUUGACUGUUUAGGUCUCGAUUCGGAAAAUUAUCAACGUAUCACGAAACCAGAUUCAAAGUCGUCGUCACCUGUAUUUUUUGAUAGCGUUAGCUCGGUCGAUUCAGCGUUAGGUCUUUACUCGUGGGCUGGGAACAACCAAACGAAUCAGAGUAGUCAAUGGCAGAACAAUGAUUGCAGUGUCGGUAUGGGUAACGACGACUCCAACCAGAGGGUUAACGAUCCACCGAGCAUCGUCGAGCGUAACGCUCGAAUAAUUAAAUGGCUCUGUCAGUGCCGAAAAGUGCAGUUUGGAUUUAGUUAAGCAACGUGUUUAGGAAAAGGACAAUCGAUUCUCCAAUCUCAGUAACACGCAUUCAAGUCAACGAAAAUAAGAGUUUUUCAUCUUGCCAACGAUUUAUCCUUUCACGACUCACGGCAACCUUUGCAUUUAAGUUGGCUAAAAAAACAGCACGUAUGUAAGAGGGUACAUUUUUCCUGCUUUUUAUCCAGUUACUAAUGCUACAGCGAGUAGCCUGUUAAUUUAUCUUCCUUUUUUCUUCUUAUUUCACAAGCAUAUGUGCCAUCUACUUACCUAUAUAACUUGUUGUGCAUUUGUGUCGCACCUUUAAAUCGUCAUUGAAAUUCUUUGAUGUGAGAUCCUGUUUUCAUCGAUGUGUUUUUGUCAAAAUUUGUAUAUACCAUCGUAGAUUGUAGAAGUUGAUCGUAUGACAGCAGAGAAUUAUUUUCAUACGUGUAGCCACGUACAUAGCUUUCCGCUUGUUUAAAUAAUUUUGUUUUUAGUAAAUCAGUUUAUUGUCGUAUAUUAGCACUAUUGAAUUUACAACGAGUUUAUCAUCACACAAACCAACUAUUUUUAGCCGUUUUUCCACGGUGUUGUGGUCUAUCGGUCACUGAAGUUAUGUAUAAAUAGUAUGGAGUUUAUUGCACUGUUUUGCCUUAAAUUUAAGUCUUAAAUUAGUCGUUGCUAAAUUUGAUUGUUAUAGCCUCUCUUGUGAAAAUGCCAGCGAAUAACCGGCAUUUAUAUUGGGAAAUAGAUAUUUCUUUCUCACGUCCUUAUUUUUCAUGCCACGCAUUUUAAACAUUGACUAUAUUAAUUAAUGCUAACAUUAUUUUUCAAGCAAUUUGAUAUUGAAUGCUAACUGGAGAUGUGGUCGAUCUUUCUGGUUAAGUAGGAAUUGAAUUGAUGGUAUUACAGUUACGUCAAAGAGUCAUGUUUUUAUCUUACAAUGCAGAAAAUACUUACUAUGUUUCUCCAGUAGCAUUAUUAUUACAAUAGUAUCGAUUCAAUCACAUUAAUGUUUUCGCUGGUGGUUCUAUAUCGUUAUAUUAAUCUGUAUUGAGCUGCAUUGUAGAAGUAAUAUUGGUACAAAACAAAACUGUAUGUGAUUUACAGAAUUUUUAAGGACUUUUUCUCUGUAAAACUUUUCGCCAAUGGAAUUUAUAUAAGGAAUUUCACAGAAUUUUCACACGUUGAUGUUUUUAUAUCCCGUAAGUCUUGUUAAAUGAUAUUAUGUUCGAUCGUUACGAAAUGAUUUUGAAUAUAAUACAUUCGAACAUUUUUAUAACUUUGGGAAUUACACGUUCGAUUCAAUAAUUUUUCUUAAUUAUAUGAUAUAAUUAGUCUGACUUUUAGAAUAUUUAAGAAAGCAAAUAUCGAAACUCUCUAUUAUACAUUCGGUAUUUUAUUUAUAAGUAUCUACUUUGUGCCUAAAAAAACUUGAGAAACCUUAUUUUAGUAAAAAAAUUUAUUCUAAUUGUUUAAUAUAUCUACACAUACGUUUAAUAUUUUAUUGAUGAAGCUUUUAAUUAAAGCUUGUGUAUUUUAUAAAAUUUAAUAUUAUCGUUUAAGUAUUAAAAGAACGAUAAAAUCAGUAUCUUAUAUUUUAGAAGAUUUAAAUUAAAUACAAUCCCUAAAAUACUAUGACAUAAUUAUUGAGAUCUGUAAUUAAUAAGAAAAAAACCUAUCAAUAUUCAUUUAUCGCUUUAAAUAUUUCCAGAUAUAUUUCACUGUGCAAUAAUACAAAUAAUUCACUUAGAUGUUUCUUAUUUUAGGUGAUAUAUAUUAGAUCAUACUGUUUGAAAUAUUUUAACUAUUGUGUGGCAAUCAAUUACAGAUAUAUUAAUUAUGACCUUGAAUGUUUGUAACGAAUGGAAUUCAUCAAUUAUGUGAUUCGAACAUUUAACACAAAGUAAAAAGAAAGAAAAAGAAUUUGUGUAAUAUAAUACACCAAGAAUUUACUCAACUACUCUCAUUUCAAGUGAUAUAGAUGUCUUAGAUAAGUAGUGAGUUUGCAUAGAUUGUAAGUGAAACGUGGUAGUACAUUGCAUUUAAAACAGAGAAAAAAGAGUUGAUAUCACUACCCGCGUAGUAGAAAGUCUUGCAUUUUUUCAAGCAAAUGUAAAGUGAUGCUUGUAUCGAACAAUAGAUGUUUCUGUAGUUACGUAACCAGUAUUUACUACAAUUAUUUACUUACAGUUUUUGAGAAAAAUAUACAGAACGUAUAAUUGAAAUUAUGAGGACUGCUUUGGCAGUCAUGGGAAAAGUGUUAUUGCACAAAAGUCGAACAUAGAGUAUGUAUGCUUACAAGAAGCAUUUUGCUUAUAACUUUUUGAGCUAAAGCACUGUUUCAUGUAUGUGUAUCAAUGAUGUUUGGUGGUAUUUAAUUACCUCAAAGUUUUUAUUCCCAAAAUUGAAAUUCUUGCCUUGUAAUAAAAAAGAAAAAAAAAAAGAA